GGAAGAGGGAGAGGAGGAGUGAAACGAGAGGAGAGGAGAGGAGCGCAUGCAGGAGAGUGGAGUGUGAGAGAAGGAUUGCAAGCUUGACAUGGGUCUGUGUGCCGUGCUGUUGAUCUGUCUCUCGCAGGCAGAGCUGACCAGAGUGUGGGCUCAGGAGCAGAGAGGUAUACUUCAUGGGCAGUCAGCUCAGGCUGAUGGAGCUCCAUCAGACAUCCAGAGAACAAGGAGAGACCAACAGGAUUCCGGUAGACACACUCAGAACAAAACUGGACAAGAAACGAUCAAUGGCUUGUCCAUUGACACGCUCCCUGAUAACAUGACACGAGUGGUGGAAGACUCUAAGAGGUACUACUCCUGGCGCAGUUUUGGCCCCGGUGAUAAACAAACGCAGCAACUCUGGAUGGAUCUUGAUUUGGCCCAUCAAGGACCUGUCAGAGUGCAUGGUAUCCUGUCCAACACACACCGACAAGCAUCGCGGGUGGCACUAACCUUUGACUUUCCAUUCUAUGGACACCAAGUUAGACAAAUCACCAUAGCAACUGGAGGGUUUAUUUUCACUGGAGAGAUCACACAUCGUAUGCUGACAGCAACCCAGUAUAUUGCUCCACUCAUGGCAAACUUUGACCCCAGUUUUUCUAAAAACUCCACUGUACGCUAUCUGGACAAUGGUGAUGUGUUCGUGGUACAGUGGGACAAGGUGAGGCUGAAAGAUCGAGAGAUGGAAGGAGCGUUUACCUUCCAAGCUGUUCUCCAUCGUAACGGGACCAUUGUAUUUGGCUACAAAGAUGUUCCUUUGCCUGUGGAGAAAAUCAACUCUACAGAGCACCCAGUGAAAGUGGGACUGUCUGAUGCCUUUAUGGCCCUUCUCUCUUCUCCACAGUCUCCAGAUGCUAAACGAAGGACUAUUUAUGAAUACCAUAGGGUGGAAAUUGACACAACAAAGAUUGUCAAUAGAUCGGCUUUUGAGUUCAGCCCAUUACCUACCUGCCUCCAGCACACUACCUGUGAACAAUGUCUCCAGUCCAACCUAACAACAGGCUGUGGGUGGUGCAAUACUCUACAAAGAUGUUCAGAUGGAAUAGACAGAUACAGGCAAGAAUGGCUGGACUACAGCUGCUCUGAUGAGGCAAAAGGCACAUGUGAAGAUUAUGCUCAGGGAGGACAAGAGAGUUCAAUCAGCCCUUUUACUUCUUCAUCACCACCGGCCACUCCCUCCCCUGCAGCCCGACCUGCCAGUCCUGUGACCGAGGAUGACACCAAACUUCUCUUUCACCACCAUGGCAAUGGUGAGGAUGAGGCCCCAGAACACACAGCGAUAAUUGCAGGCGUUGUGGCAGCUCUGGUUCUGCUGGUGUUCCUGACUCUGUUGGCUGUUUACUAUAUUAAUACACAUCCAACUGUUGCUCCUCCUUUCUACCUCAUGCAGCGCCGCACUAAUAACUAUUGGCCCUCCAUGAAGUUCCGGAACCAAGGAUGUCAUUCUAGCUACAAUGAGGUUGAACUUGGGGUUUACGAGAAAGAGGGCUUCAUUGAGGCGGAGCAGUGCUGAGGAGGCGGGACUUCCUGCACAUGUGAUGGAAUAAAGGAAGAGUACGUUUGUGUAAAAGGUUUUUUGUGCUGAUUAAUUUUAGGAGCAAAGACAAAGGUGCAGUGAGAGGCUGUGGCAGUUGAGGGAUCAUUCGAGACUGUCAUUAAAGUUUUUAUGAGCUUUUCUCUGUCUCCCUACAAUUGGCAGCCCAUCCUGCAACACCUCUUAUGCUGUUUGUUUAUGAUAUAGGAGGUUUCAUUUGUUGAAAGAGGAACAAAUCGCAACAAAGACAUGGUGAUUGUGACCAGCAAAUCUGCUAAUUUCACUUCUUAAUUGUGAAAAUGAGAUGUGUGUUCUCCCAAAAUUUAUUGCAGUUAAUGUACAGUACAGCAUAUCUUUAUAGAUUUUUCAUUUUGAAAAAGAUAUUUUGUGAUUUAUAUGUUCAGCGGAAAAGAUGCAUAAUACUCAGUUAGCCACAUGGACUUGACAGAACGUUAAUUGAAUUAGCUUGCUCUAGUAGUAGUGAUUUGUCAUACCACACACGUACAUUUCUUAAGUUUUGCCCUGUUAUUAAAUUAGGAAACAGAAUAUUGAUUUGCACAUCCUGUACAACGUUGAUGGAAUGUACAAACAGACAGACAGUGCAACAUGACAAAAUUUGAAAAGCAAAUGUUUAUUGUAUUUAUUUUUGCUGUAUGGCCAAGUGAGAAAAACAGUAUUUCCAAGGCAAUUAAAAACUGUCUGUCUGUAUUAAAAUAAAAUGGAAAGUUAUAGGCCUACCACUUGUUACAUUUGAAAAAUGUAUGUAAUAAUGUGUUUACUGCUGAGCUCUGAACAGAUGGUCAGAAAUGAAAUUACAAACCCUUGUGGCCAAAUCCAAUUUCAAUUGUGUUUAAUAUCAUUGCAGUGUUACAUUUUGAACCUAUACUAAUAGUGAAUCAUUACAAAUAAAUUGAGAUGUUUUGAAAAUGUG